CUUAACGAUCCAUCCAGCUAUUGUAUCGAAAACAUUACUUGUGGUACUGUGUUUGGAUUUUCCUUCCGCUCGGAUGGAAGUCGUGAAGCCUGGAAAAAGCAUUAUGGCCCGCCCCGUCAGUCUGCUGACCAUGAACGCACGGUGUAUAUUCGGAAAUACUACCCUUCACUACUUCAGACACGGUCCUACAUUCAGCCAAAUAUUCACCGAUACCUAGGCAUAUAAGGGAGGCCACCUUGGAGAAAUUUCGACCACCUGCACUGUUCAAAGCCCAUAUCCUCAUCACGUCCUACGUUCGAAAUGAAGCUCGCAUCUAUCCUCGUUUUCCUAUCCACCUUUACCCUCCACGUACUCUGCCAAACCACAACACAAACCCUCUCCUAUGAUCCGGUUUACGAUGACUCCUCUGAAUCUCUUGAUUACCUAGCGUGCUCCAACGGCUCCAAUGGACUGGAAACCCUAGGGUACUCAACGCUCGGACAGGUUCCAAACUUCCCAUACGUCGGAGGGGCGUAUACUGUCACGGGCUGGAACUCACCCGCUUGUAAAACUUGCUACAACCUCACCUACGAGGACAAGUCGAUUUCUGUCCUUGCCGUAGACAGCGCGUUGGAGGGGUUUAAUGUUGCACAGCAAGCAAUGGAUUACUUGACAGACGGACAGUCAACCCAAUUGGGGAGGGUGGACGUGCAGUCGACGCCUGUGGACCCGGCGUACUGCGGUUUCCUUCAGUGAAUGUCUACCCGCCCAAGGUGCCGUGCGGUCGGCUCCCUUUUCCAGACUUUGGAGUCCAUGCUACCAGGAUACUGAAACUCGAACUGCCUCUUCCACUACAUGCAUCAGUAAUGCAAUUAUGUACCAAUCAUUCCUCGUACUCUCGCUUCCCUUUAGAUGGCACAUUUAUUAUGCACAGUCAUUUUUGCACUGUACGAAAAUUAUAUGGAAUAUGUAUCUUUGCAGCGG